AUCAUGUGAUAUGUGCAUCAUAUAUAUAUAUAUGUACAUAUAUAUACGAGUCUCCAUACUUGGUAUAGAAUUUUAUUUUAUAAUGGAUUUUGACCUCCAUCAAACAAGGUUAGGCAGGAAAGGGAAGACUAACUUCUUCCUGCAACAAGAAAUGGACGAUAACGUUGGAGCUAGUGGUUCAAAUGAAGAAGGUGGCACGAAGGGGCAAGAUAGGUUGUUGCCAAUAGCCAACGUAGGCCGGAUCAUGAAGCAAAUUUUGCCGCCGAAUGCGAAGAUCUCCAAAGAAGCGAAAGAAACAAUGCAAGAAUGCGUGUCGGAGUUCAUUAGCUUUGUUACGAGUGAAGCUUCGGAGAAGUGUAGAAAGGAAAGGCGAAAGACUGUGAAUGGAGAUGAUGUUUGCUGGGCUAUGGGAGCUUUAGGUUUUGAUGAUUAUGCAGGACCCUUAAGAAGGUAUUUGCAGAGAUAUAGAGAAUUAGAAGGAGAUAGAGCUAAUCAAGAUAAGGCAAGGAAUAGUAAUACUGAGGAAAGAGAGGAACCAUCUUCGUAUAGAAGUAAAUAACCAAAGGAAUUAGUUCCACUUCAAGGCAAUUUUAAUUGAGGUUUUGACAAGAGAUUAGGCGUAGAUUUUGGUUUCUAGCUUUGACAAUGAUGAUUAUACUGGAUUUUCUAAGCUUAUGGGGUUUCUUUUCUUUUUCUUUUUCUUUUUUCUUUGGGUGGUUUUAUUUUGUGAUGAGAUUCAUAUCAAUUUCAACGAGUUCAAGAUUCUAUGCAACUAGCUUGCAGCUUUUUAUGCCCAAAUAAAGUGUAGAUCAGAAGUUCAUUCCUUUGAUUAAUUUUGAUGCAAAUCGAUUUCACUACU